GCUACAUUCAGCACUUCCUCAGCAGAGUUUGGAUAAGGUCAGAGAGAGUGCGAUUGAAUCGGCAGCUCUCUGACAACAAAGAAGAUGGAUUUUUAACCCCCUGACUCUUUAUUUUUGUUUAGAUUUGUGUAAUCGGCCGUCGUUAUUAUGCAGAUUCUCCAAGUUGUAGCUAAACUAAACCCUAAAAAGCUUUAGCCCCGAUCGGGUCGCUGUGCGAUUACUAGCUCGGUUUAACCCCUUGUGUUCUUAAUCGCGCCUGGCUGAUUAUUAUUUUAACAACCAUCUGACGAUCCACGAUCUUCUUCAAAAAUGGAUAUUGAUAUGGUUCCAGGCGACGUUAGCCCUGUUUAUGAUCCAUUCAGCACUGGGCCCGAAUCAGCCCUCGGAGCUCCCCGCUUCACUCUGCCGGAGCUCGGUGCUCGGGGCUCCCCCUGCAUGAAGAGCCUGGCCUCUCCCGGGCCCAUGGCGGUGCUGUCUCCUGUCACCAACCUGGCCCUCAACAUGAAUAAUCUCGCUGUUCUUGGAGGUCAAUGUGAAACUCCAAAGCGGAAGAAAAAUUUGCCCCUCCUGAAGAUUCCUUCCUUCGCCUCUGAUGCCUCUUCUGAUGCAGGUCUUGGACUAGAGUGUCCCAGUCCUUUAGAUUCUCUGGAUGCUGAGCAGAAGUUUGAGAAGGCCAUGCAGGACGCCACACGAGCCGUUAAUGAAAAAAUGCCCAUCCGCAGGAUACACUCUUUGCCACUCCAAUUUUUGGGUCACAGUCCAAAUCUGAGGAGUAAAGAAUUGGAUCCCUCCCGUUAUGGAGUGUGGACUCAUUCACAUGACAGUGCCAAUAAAGAAAACAUGGCUGAGGAGAACUUUGAGUUCAAAAAGCCCUCCAUGCCUGCACUGCGCUGUCGCACUCGCUCCACCGGAGGCUCCAAGGAUGCUUUUGCCUGCCGACCGAACUCUGCUCCUGCUUUAAUGCUCUCCCCACCACCCACCAAUCAGCCAGACUCUCCAAAUGAAAUCAGUCCCUUCAUUCUGCGCCGUCCGUCGCUCUCCUGCCUUCAAGAUGAUGAUGACGAUGAUGGCUUUCUGGAGGGGCUUGAUGAUGUGGAGAAUGACUCUGAGGUUCCUCUGGGAAUGGACAGUCUUCUAACUGCUCCUCUGGUGGCCAAGCAAAUUCCUGAAACUGAUUCGCCUGUCAUUCGCUGUCGUCCACGUGGGUUGUUCAGAUCUCCAUCUAUGCCCUGUGCAGUCGGGCGCAUCCCGCUCAAAAGACCUGAAAGACCACAAGAUGAGAACACGCCUGUCCGAGUGAAGAGGAGACGGAGUCUGGCAGGGACACAAGUGUCAACCACAGAGCAGGAGGAUGUUGUACAUCAGGUUCAGAGGUCCAAGUCCUUUAAUCACUCACAGAUUGAAAGAAUGUUGGACACCGAUCCUAGUAAUGUGAUUGGAGAUUUUACCAAGGCUCCUGCACUGCCCACAGUACAAGGAAAACACCAAGAGUUGAAGUACAUCACUCCAGAGAUUAUGGUUAAAGCAAUGAGUGGACAGUUUCAAGAUCUAGUGGAGAGGCUGUUUGUUAUCGACUGCCGUUAUCCGUAUGAGUAUGAAGGCGGCCAUAUUAAAGGUGCUCUUAAUCUCCACCAAGAGGAUCAAAUCGAAGACUACUUUUUACGCAGUCCUAUUCUCCCUGACUGCCCCAAGAAGCGCGUCCUGCUGAUUUUUCACUGUGAAUUUUCUUCAGAGCGUGGUCCACGGAUGUGUCGCUACGUUAGAGAAAGAGAUCGAUUUGUGAAUGAAUACCCCAACCUCCAUUACCCCGAACUCUAUAUCCUGAAAGGAGGCUACAAAGAAUUUUUCCAGAUUCACAAAGCAAUAUGUGAGCCCCAGAUGUAUAGACCGAUGCUUCAUGAAGAGUUUAAAGAAGACCUGAGAAAGUUUCGUCUGAAGAGCCGCACCUGGGCCGGAGAACGCAGCAAGAGAGACAUGUACAGCCGUCUCAAAAAACUCUGAGGCUCGCCAAAGUGCUCAUGAUUUUACGGUCUUUUUGCUCAUGCUGCCUUCAUAACAUGAGCCAUGGCAGAGACCUGAAGACAUACAUGUGUGUGUUCAGUGCGGGAACCUUUCUGCGUUUCAGGGUUUGACAUUAAAAGAGGACGAGAGGUUAUUUUGAGUCUCUGGCUGUUUGUUUUGAUGUCAUCACUUUUAAACUGCCACUUUCUUUUAUAUAUAUUUUUUUUAAAUAAUAAUAACUAUUGAUCUCCCUUUACAAGUACACUGCGGCAAAGACACUGUCAUGAACUGUUUUAAACGAACUAGAAUUUGUAUUCUCAGGUUUUUUUAUUUUUUUAUUUUUUUUUAUUUUUUAUUAUUAUUAUUUUUUUAUCCACUUGCCUGUGUUAACUUGUCAGAAUAUUCACUAUUUCCCCCCCUUCUCACCUUGAGCACUUUUUUAAAUAAAUGGAUGUGGUGAAUAAGUGCUAUAUAAAUGUUAAAUCUAGUUUUUUUUUUUUUUUUUUUUUUAUAUAAAUAGCUCCUUUUCCCCACAUCCGAUCGGUUGCUGAAUGUAACUAAUCUGAGAAGGAUAAUACUAUAAUACAAUUAUUUAAAUUGAUUUUCAUAUUCUAAAACCACAUUAUGUACCUGCUAUUAUUGCAAUAAUGAUUAAAUUUUUUUUCUUUACCUCUAUAAUAUGUAAACUCUGCCCAUAUUGUUCAAUGUUGUUUUGAGGGAGCCAGCAAUAUAUUUUUUAUUUUAUAUAUAUAUUUUUUUUUCCCCCCCUCACUUGACUGACAGCUUUAACUCAGGGACUGGAUCCUGACUUUUGCUGCAGGUUGGCAAGUGUUGACCACAUCAUAGUUCACCAAACCAGAUCCAGUUCUGCUUGUUCUAUAAACCAGUGACUGUUGAGCGUUACAAAAUUCUCAUUUGCCUUGCAAGGGUGUAUGUGUUUUGUAAAUUCUACCUUUCUGAGUGUGUUUUAUUGGUCUUAUGAGACUGGUUUAUGUAUUCAUGAAUAAACGUGGAGUUUGGGGUAAUAACUCUCUGCUGAA